AUGUUGUCCCGGGUGGCCCGGUGGUCGGCCGUCUCCCACCUUCUCUAUGUCGUCCUCGUUCUCCUAAUUGCUAUCUUCACCACCAUCUCCUGCGCCUUCCUCAUCUCCCAGGCGGUGCGCCAUGCUCCCAACCAGUCCUUCAAACAGAACAUCAAUGUCAUAAUAGUUGGAGCAUCAUAUGUCGUCCUGCUACUCGUGUCCAUCGCGUUCUGCCUGAAGCGGAGGAUCGCAGUCCACAAGCGUCUGCAGAGGAUCUCGGAGACUUUCCACACUCUGGGCAAGAGUGAUGUCCCUGAGUCCGUCCACAAGUACAUCCAGCAAGAAUACACCCGCGCGUGUCUCAUUGCGUACGAGUCCCGGCCGAAGGGUCUCUCGCAGGACGGGUGGGGCAAGCCCGGAACGGCACUCGACGGUCUGCGCUUCCGUACGGCCCUGCUGGACUCAGUUCGUGUGAUCGACAGUCUCGCCCACGAGGUCAUACCUCGACAUCCGGUGCUGCGUCCUCACGCACGGAUGCUGCACCACUUCCGCUUCAUCAUGCCGCUCAUGAGCAAGGACGAAGACGGCUUGACGCCUCUGCACUAUUACGACUCCGCCAACGAGUUUUUGGUCGGGAUCACGGCGGCGAGAGAGAUCGAGAAUGUGUAA